ACCGCCCUAACAGCCUCGACCAUUCUUCGUACUGCUCACUCCAAGGAACAGUAAAGUCCACGUCUUCAAAAUUAGCCCGAAGAGGGUUGCCAUCUCCACGGCUGGCCAGGGAUGGGUCCCGAGUCACAAGUAUUUACAGCAGAUAAUGGCUCCGGAGGUAAGUGAAUGUGGAAGCCAGAAUCGUUGACUUUCUAACGGGCAAAUAACGAGUCCAAGGAGCCGACCUCGUUAGUAUUAAUCACCUCGGCAAAUGGACGAGAGCUCAAUCUGUACCUUCUCAAUACGAGUGUGACAACGAGCAACACGAGCGACGAAUCGGUCGCCAAAACCAGGAGCGAAUGGGUUAGGUUCCAGAGCAGACGGGAGGGGAGGGUUGGUUGAGUGAAUCGUGGAAGAACUUCAUUCGCGCUGUAAUCGGCUUGGAUGUGGCGCUUCGGCUGCCCGUGAGAGUGCAGUGGAGAGGAGGAGAGGAUGUCGGGCGUUUCCGUGGUGCGCAACGGGAAGUCCGACACGGCAGGGAAUGCUAUUUAUCGGCCCGGUUCGGCUUCUGGAACGAAUUGAACCGCACGAGGGCAGGUGAAGAAAGAAUUACCAGACCGUAUCUCUGCACGUGGCUUGAGUGCUGCCCAUGUAACAUCCAACGAAGACUCAUUCCGCUCGAAUGGCACUUUGCGAGCGUAUGGCACCGCAGUUUCACUGUCAUGACGAUGAAAUUUGACCGCAUCUCGACACAUGCCCGUCGAGGGACAUUGAUUUCCCUGAGAAUUGAAGUAAAAUGUACAAGUAGAGUCCAGCGGCGCACUUCGGCAGCUUGAAUGCGGGAACUGGACAGUGCGGCAUCGCAGCUCAAAUGUCACCGACGCGAAAUGGGAUUGCAAAUGUCGAGAAAAUGCACUAUGGUGGUGCGGCGCAUGAACUGUCAUCACAAAUUCAGAUUCGCACGUGCACCAAACGUAUCCACAAGGGAAAGCUGUUGAUAUUAUUCAUGACAGAAGACGGGGCAGGACGAUCCCAGGAAAGUGCAUAUCUCGGAAAUACAGACCUCCUAAAUCGUCACACCCGGAAGAUUUUACAACGAGGGCAAAUCUGCAAAUCUGCAGACCACCAAUCAACUCGCUCGCAAAAGUAUCUCUCAGAGUCUCAGUCCAGUGACGGAUCUGUAGCUCAGAGUCGCAGUGCUAUAAUUUCUAUCUUUCUGGACCCUAAUUCCUCGAGUGCAUCAGCUUCCCAUCUCACUGCGAGGACUGUAACCAUCCCUGAUCAGCUAUUAUCAUAAUUUUAUAUCCAGGCUAGCUCAGCUGCGGCGUGAACGUACAGUGACCAGGGGUGACUCUCGAGGCUGCAACAGUCGACUCAGACUUCUGCUCACGACUCUGGCUUCACAAGGACCUCGUUCACAGUCGUUAGACCACAGAGUGUUGAACGUUUCACACCUCAAGAGACCAACGAUGAGCCGAUCGAUCCAACCAUCCGCUGAUCUCUACAGUUCGAGUUGCUCCUCACAGUCAAAAACUCCUCCCAACUUUCAACUUCCCAUCUGC